GAUCCGCGGCGGAGGCGGCCGCGGCCGGGGCCCGCUGCCUGAGAGUUGUUGUUUCCUCCUCCUCCUCCUCCGCCUCCGCCGCCGUUGCUUGAAUGGUGGAGCCGAGGCUCGGCUCGUGAACGCACACUGACAGCUAUAGGGCGGGCGGCGGCACCGUCCCCGCGUCCCCUCGGCGGCCGGGCGACUCGCCCGAGGCCCGCAAGUGACCCGUAAACAUGUCUCGUGAGAGGAAAGGCCUCUCGGAGCUGCGAUCCGAGCUCUACUUCCUCAUCGCCCGGUUCCUGGAAGAUGGACCCUGUCAGCAAGCGGCUCAGGUGCUGAUCCGCGAGGUGGCCGAGAAGGAGCUGCUGCCCCGGCGCACCGACUGGACCGGGAAGGAGCAUCCCCGGACCUACCAGAAUCUGGUGAAGUAUUACAGACAUCUUGCACCAGAUCACCUACUGCAAAUAUGCCAUCGACUAGGACCACUUCUUGAGCAAGAAAUUCCUCAGAGUGUUCCUGGAGUUCAAACUUUGUUAGGAGCUGGAAGACAGUCUUUGCUGCGCACAAAUAAAAGCUGCAAGCAUGUUGUGUGGAAAGGAUCUGCCCUGGCUGCAUUGCAUUGCGGAAGACCACCAGAGUCACCAAUUAACUAUGGUAGCCCACCCAGCAUUGCGGAUACUCUGUUUUCAAGGAAGCUGAAUGGCAAAUACAGACUUGAGCGACUUGUUCCAACUGCAGUUUAUCAGCACAUGAAGAUGCAUAAGCGAAUUCUUGGACACUUGUCAUCGGUGUACUGUGUAACUUUUGAUCGAACUGGCAGACGGAUAUUUACUGGUUCUGAUGACUGUCUUGUGAAAAUCUGGGCCACAGACGAUGGGAGAUUGUUAGCUACUUUAAGAGGACAUGCUGCAGAAAUAUCAGACAUGGCUGUCAACUAUGAGAAUACUAUGAUAGCAGCUGGAAGUUGUGAUAAAAUGAUCCGUGUUUGGUGCCUUCGAACUUGUGCACCUUUAGCUGUUCUUCAGGGGCACAGUGCAUCUAUUACAUCACUACAGUUCUCACCAUUGUGCAGUGGCUCAAAGAGAUACCUGUCUUCUACUGGGGCAGAUGGCACUAUUUGUUUUUGGCUAUGGGAUGCUGGAACCCUAAAAAUAAAUCCAAGACCUGCAAAAUUUACAGAGCGUCCUAGGCCUGGAGUUCAAAUGAUCUGUUCUUCCUUUAGUGCUGGUGGAAUGUUUCUGGCCACAGGAAGCACAGACCAUAUUAUUAGAGUUUACUUUUUUGGAUCAGGUCAGCCAGAGAAAAUAUCAGAAUUGGAGUUUCAUACUGACAAAGUUGACAGUAUCCAGUUUUCCAACACUAGCAACAGGUUUGUAAGUGGUAGUCGUGAUGGAACAGCACGUAUUUGGCAGUUUAAGCGAAGAGAAUGGAAGAGCAUUUUACUGGAUAUGGCCACUCGUCCAGCAGGCCAAAAUCUUCAAGGAGUAGAAGACAAAAUCACAAAACUGAAAGUAACUAUGGUAGCCUGGGACCGACAUGAUAACACAGUCAUAACUGCAGUUAACAACAUGACUCUCAAAGUUUGGAAUUCUUAUACUGGUCAGCUUAUUCACAUAUUAAUGGGUCAUGAAGAUGAGGUGUUUGUUCUUGAGCCACAUCCAUUCGAUCCAAGAGUUCUCUUUUCUGCUGGCCAUGACGGAAAUGUGAUUGUGUGGGAUCUAGCAAGAGGAGUCAAAAUUCGAUCUUAUUUCAAUAUGAUUGAAGGCCAAGGACAUGGUGCAGUAUUUGACUGCAAAUGCUCUCCUGAUGGUCAGCAUUUUGCAUGUACAGACUCUCAUGGACAUCUUUUAAUCUUUGGUUUUGGGUCCAGCAGCAAGUAUGACAAGAUAGCAGACCAGAUGUUCUUUCAUAGUGAUUAUCGGCCGCUGAUCCGUGAUGCCAAUAACUUUGUGUUAGAUGAGCAGACACAGCAGGCACCUCAUCUCAUGCCUCCCCCUUUUUUGGUUGAUGUUGAUGGAAAUCCUCAUCCAUCAAGAUAUCAGAGAUUAGUUCCUGGUCGUGAAAAUUGCAGGGAGGAGCAACUCAUCCCUCAGAUGGGAGUAACUUCUUCAGGAUUGAACCAAGUUUUAAGCCAGCAAGCAAAUCAGGAAAUCAGUCCACUCGACAGCAUGAUUCAAAGACUGCAACAAGAGCAAGACCUGAGGCGUUCUGGUGAAGCAGGUAUCAGUAAUUCCAGCCGGUUAAAUCGAGGCUCUGUAAGUUCCACUUCUGAGGUUCAUUCGCCACCAAAUGUAGGACUGAGGCGUAGUGGACAGAUAGAAGGUGUACGGCAAAUGCACAGCAAUGCACCAAGAAGUGAGAUAGCUACAGAACGGGAUCUUGUAGCUUGGAGUCGAAGGGUGGUGGUACCUGAGCUGUCAACUGGUGUAGCCAGUAGGCAAGAAGAAUGGAGAACUGCAAAGGGAGAGGAAGAAAUAAAGACUUACAGGUCAGAAGAGAAAAGGAAACACUUAACCCUUCCGAAAGAAAAUAAAGUACUUCCUGUGUCAAAGAAUCAUGCCCAUGAACAUUUCCUGGAUCUUGGAGAAUCCAAAAAACAGCAGGCAAAUCAACACAAUUAUCGUACAAGAUCUGCACUGGAAGAAGCUCCUAGGCCCUUGGAAGACAUAGAAAAUGGCACUAGUUCUUCAGAUGAAGGUGAAGUAGUUGCUGUCAGUGGUGGGACAUCUGAAGAAGAAGAAAGAGCUUGGCAUAGUGAUGGCAGUUCCAGUGACUACUCCAGUGAUUAUUCUGACUGGACUGCAGAUGCAGGAAUUAAUUUGCAGCCACCAAAGAAAGUUCCUAAGCAUAAAACCAAGAAAGCAGAAAGCAGUUCAGAUGAAGAAGAAGAAUCUGAAAAUCAGAAACAAAAACAUAUUAAAAAAGAAAGAAAGAAAGCAAGUGAAGAAAAAGAUGGACCAACAUCGCCAAAGAAAAAAAAGCCCAAAGAAAGAAAACAAAAGAGAUUGGCUGUGGGAGAAUUAACUGAAAAUGGUUUGACAUUAGAAGAAUGGCUACCUUCAACAUGGAUUACAGAUACUCUUCCUCGAAGAUGUCCAUUUGUUCCACAGAUGGGUGAUGAGGUUUAUUAUUUUCGGCAAGGGCAUGAAGCAUAUGUUGAAAUGGCCCGAAAAAAUAAAAUUUAUAGUAUAAAUCCCAAGAAACAGCCAUGGCAUAAAAUGGAACUACGGGAACAAGAGCUGAUGAAAAUAGUUGGCAUAAAGUAUGAAGUGGGAUUGCCUACCCUUUGCUGCCUUAAGCUUGCGUUUCUAGAUCCUGACACUGGUAAACUAACUGGUGGAUCAUUUACCAUGAAAUACCAUGAUAUGCCUGACGUUAUAGAUUUCCUAGUCUUGAGACAACAAUUUGAUGACGCAAAAUAUAGGCGGUGGAACAUAGGUGACCGCUUCAGGUCAGUCAUAGAUGAUGCCUGGUGGUUUGGAACAAUUGAAAGUCAGGAACCUCUUCAACCUGAAUACCCUGAUAGCUUGUUCCAGUGUUAUAAUGUUUGCUGGGACAAUGGAGAUACAGAAAAGAUGAGUCCUUGGGAUAUGGAACUUAUACCUAAUAAUGCUGUAUUUCCAGAAGAACUAGGUACCAGUGUUCCUUUAACUGAUGUUGAAUGCAGAUCAUUAAUCUAUAAACCUCUUGAUGGAGAAUGGGGUACCAAUCCCAGGGAUGAAGAAUGUGAAAGGAUUGUUGGAGGAAUAAACCAGUUGAUGACACUAGAUAUUGCUUCAGCAUUUGUGGCCCCUGUGGAUCUACAAGCUUAUCCCAUGUAUUGCACUGUAGUGGCAUAUCCUACGGAUCUAAGUACAAUUAAACAAAGACUGGAAAACAGGUUUUACAGGCGACUUUCUUCACUAAUGUGGGAAGUUCGAUAUAUAGAGCAUAAUACACGAACAUUUAAUGAACCAGGAAGCCCAAUUGUGAAAUCUGCUAAAUUUGUGACUGACCUUCUUCUACAUUUUAUAAAGGAUCAGACUUGUUAUAACAUAAUUCCACUUUAUAAUUCAAUGAAGAAGAAAGUUUUGUCUGACUCUGAGGAAGAAGAGAAAGAUGCUGAUGUUCCAGGAACUUCUACCAGAAAAAGGAAGGAUCAUCAACCCAGAAGAAGGCUACGUAAUAGAGCUCAGUCUUAUGAUAUUCAAGCUUGGAAGAAACAAUGCCAAGAAUUACUAAAUCUCAUAUUUCAGUGUGAGGAUUCUGAGCCUUUCCGUCAGCCAGUAGAUCUUCUUGAAUACCCAGACUACAGAGACAUCAUUGACACUCCAAUGGAUUUUGCUACUGUUAGAGAAACUUUAGAGGCUGGAAAUUAUGAGUCACCAAUGGAGCUAUGUAAAGAUGUCAGACUUAUUUUUAGUAAUUCCAAAGCAUAUACACCAAGCAAAAGAUCAAGGAUUUAUAGCAUGAGUUUGCGGCUGUCUGCUUUCUUUGAAGAACACAUUAGUUCAGUUUUAUCAGAUUAUAAGUCUGCUCUUCGUUUUCAUAAGAGAAAUACCAUAACCAAAAGGAGGAAGAAAAGAAACAGAAGCAGCUCUAUUUCAAGCAGUGCUGCAUCAAGCCCUGAAAGGAAGAAAAGGCCCUUAAAACUAAAUCAGCUGGAAUCUGAAGCCUCCACCUCUCCACUUCCUGCACCUGCUCGGGCUGCACUGCCAAGGCCCCGUGCUGCACAGAUGAAUGGUAAAAUAGAAGCCAGUUCUGUGGUUCGAACCAGAAGCAAUCGUGUGGCUAUAGAUCCAGUUAUCACUGAGCAACCAUCUACAUCAUCGGCCACAAAGACUUUUAUUUCAAAAGCUGAUACAUCUACAAUGCCAGGAAAAACAAUACUAGAUAAUUCCGUGAAACAUUCCAAGGUCCUGAAUACUCUUUCAAGUCCUAGUCCGUCCAUAUUUAAUCCCAGCACUCGGAAUAAUUCAACAAAAGAAAACAUGGAAAAGGAAAAGCCAGUCAAACGUAAAAUGAAGUCAUCCAUACUCUCAAAGGCACCUACUCUUUCAAAGACAUCUGCCAUCAUUGAUCAAGGUGAUUGUAAAAACAGUGUUCUUAUCCCAGGAACCAUCCAAGUAAAUGGCCAUGGAGGGCAGCCAUCAAAACUUGUGAAGAGAGGACCUGGAAGGAAACCCAAGGUAGAAGUUACUACCACUACUAGUGAAGUUGUACAUAAGAAAAGGGGCAGAAAGCCCAAAAAACUACAAUAUGCAAAGUCAGAAAACUCAGAACAAAAUAACUUACAUCCCAUCAGAAGUGAUGUGGUUCCUACUUCCACAUGCAGUUUUCUUUCUGAAACUAAUGUUGCUCAGGAGGAUUUGUUACACAAAAAGAGUCGUGGAGGCAGAAAACCUAAAAGGAAGAUGCAAACACAAAAAUUAGAUUCAGACCUCAUAGUUCCUGCAAACGUUAAAAUGUUAAGAAGAAGUAACCGGAAAAAAAUAGAUGAUCCUACAAUAGAUGAGGAGGAGGAGCUUGAGGAACUGAAGGGCUCCGAACCUCACAUGAGAACUAGAAACCAAGGUCGGAGGACAGCUUUCUACAAUGAGGAUGACUCAGAAGAGGAGCAAAGGCAACUGUUGUUUGAAGACACCUCAUUGACUUUUGGAACUUCUAGUCGAGGACGAGUCCGAAAGUUGACUGAAAAAGCAAAAGCUAACUUAAUUGGUUGGUAACUGAACCAAAAUAUUUUACUUAAAAGUAUACUAAGCAGGUACAGUUAAGGAGUCAGUAGAACUAAGGCUUCUGCUUCCUUGCUGCUAUGAUGGAUUAGGGAACAUUACUGUUUGACUUGGAGAAGAAAAAGUUAGAAGACACUUCUUUGAAUGAAAAAUAAAAUACAUACAUACAUAUAUAUAUAUAUAUAUAUAUACACAUACAUACACACACACACACUCUCAUAUAUAUUUUAAAUGUUUGCUAUUUAUUGCCCUUAGAUUAUACAUUUCCACAUUCAUUUCGUUUACUGUUUGAAAAAGAAAUUGAGGACCUAUAAUAAAUUCCUGGCUUAUUUAUGGAAGAGACAGUUAUGCUACACUCCUAUGAAGCAUAGUAUUCUAGUGAUAGAACAUUUCAUGUUAAAAUGAGUUAUUUUUGACUAAGCAAGGUACACACCCCUAGAAAGACAAGUUACAGAGUAGCAGGAAGUUAAGAAUGUGUCUCCUCAAAAGGUUGUUAUCAAGUUCCCACCAUAUGAUGUACUAAAAGGUGUACAUUUAUAGAACAUUCGAGUGGAUCUAGAGAAAGCUUUUGUUUUAUUCCAUUCUGCCAAAUGUAAGAGAAAAUGUAUUGCUGAAAACAAAACAUAUCCACAUUGGAAAAUAUGUGACUGUCUAAUUUUUCAGACCUUGAUUCUUACAUCAAUCACUCAAUCUCUGUUUAUUGUGCCAAAGACUGAGGAUCAGUGCAGUGGAAAACCUGUUUUUGACUGUCAGGACAGCAUAUACUUUUCAAUAUUGGAAAGGCUGUAUAUUCUAAAGAGCACGUUAUUAAAGACUUAUGCUGAGAUAUAUCUUUUUUGGUACUAAUAAUAGGAAAUAAUGCACUGGUGGGUCCUUUGACAGAGAUAUCUUAGAGAAAAUGUUUAAGUGGUUAAAGGAUUCAAGGAAAAUACAGGAAAAAAGUAUGGGAUUUGAUGUUUACUUGAUCUGGAUUAUUAAUGUCAUUUCUAAACUAUAUAUCUGAUAGGCUAAAAUGACCUACAAUAAUUGUCUGUGUGUGUAUGUAUAUAUAUUGAUAAAUGGGUAUAAUUGAAUAUAUAUACAAACACAUACAUACUAUUACCCAGGUAUAAAUUCUUUUUUCAGGAUUUUUUAGAUAGUGGUAGAAUAAAAAUAAUUUUAAGAUGCCAUACUUUAUAGUUUAAUUUUAAGGGAAAGACUGGUUAUUUUCAAUUAUUAAAGGUUAAAGUAGGCCAAAUCACUUUUUAUGCAAUCAUAUUUUAUACAAUGGUCUCAUUGCACAUUGUUUUUUUCUGCACUUUUUACGGUUUCCUUAUCAUGCUAGUAUGUCAAGAUACACCCUAAAAAGAAAUUCCAUUUAAUGAUUGUGCCUUGUAUUCUAUUAUUUUUUGCAUCAUUAGUAAAGUUCUGUAUUGUAAAUGAUAACUAUGACUUAGGAGAAUGUAUUAUUAUAUGUACUGCUAUGGAAAGGAAAGCAGUUAUUUAUUUGUUUAUGGUACAUUAGUUAUACCUUGAAAACCAACAUAAAUGCCAUUUCUAUUGUUUAAAAAUUAGUGUCCAUUUUUUUUAAAGUUUAAAGAAUGUAGUAUUUUCUGAGGACUAAAAUGGUACAAAAAUGUAACCAAAAUUUUCAGAUACUACAUUUUUAAAAAGGAAUAUUAGGGCAGAUAUGUAUCCAUAUGAUCCUAAUGAAUAGUCUUCAGUUGAACCUUAGCAAAAUAUGUAAUUACAUCAUAUAAUUAUUCUUUACUUAUUUCUGAUAAGGAUGUUAAUUCAUUUAACUGUCUUAGAGGAGAAUAAAAAGAGAUACAUUUGGGCUUUUUUGAUUGAUUGUCACUACACUUGUACAGAAAUCCUCAUGUGAGGGUAAGUAAACAUUUUCCAGACCUUGACUAGAUUGCUGUGAUUUUACAGUUGAAAAUAAUUUCAAAAUUUUCAGGUGUUUUGUACAUUUAUUUUUUUCUAACAAAUAUAUUGAACUAUAUAAUUAAAAUUCAGUAGUUAAACUCUUCAGAAUGCAGAAAUGGAUGGCUUGGUUGUAUAGAAAAAUGAGUCAAUUCCAUUAUUAAAAAGAUAAUGUGUAUGUUUGAAAUUUAAGUCAUUAAAUUAAUUAGUUGCUUUUGAAGGCAAUCUAUUUGAAGUAUGUAAUUUCCUGAUGUUAUCUGCAUUGUAUUAGAAAUAUAAUAGACUAAAAUUCAUUUUUGUAAAAUCUGUGUAUAGUAUUAAGGUGUAUUCAGAAAAAGGAAGAGUGUGGGAUCUUAGUGUGAUAUACCUCUAGAAUGGUGUACAGAUUAGUUCCAACUCUUAAGCAGUGAAGUGAGUGUUCACUAUCUUUCAUACAGCAAGUAAAUGUAUUGGUUCUGUUUUACAGUUACUGUGUGUGUAUGACCAUAUUUGAGCAUUCUCAAACACUGGUGAAACUAAAUGACUUGGGUCAGAUUAUUUGUAACUAAAACACUUUUUAAAAUGUAUUAGGAUCAGAUAAUAGAUUUUAUAUUUUUAUAAUUUAGCUUCUUUAUGUUGCAAAAGUUGAACUGAAAAAUUCAAGUUAUUACCACAUUUUUCUUUGGCUUUACAAUAUCCUCUUUAAGAAAAUAACAUCAUGUGCUUUCUAAAAGCCAGAAGGAAAUGUUGCCACUUGGGUUAGGUAAGCAAUAAAAAAAACCCUCAAGUUUAUUGAAAGUUUCAUUAAACUUGUUACAUGCAUAGAGUUGUACAAAUCAAUUUACAAGGUGGGCAUAGUAAUGCCAGCACUUGGGAGGUGGAGACAAGAAGGUCCUUUGCUACAAAGCAAAGUCAAGGCUAGUUUAGGCUACAUAUAUAAGACCUUGUCUCAAAAAACAAGUAUCAACCUACAUAUUUGUAGUACUCAACCAGAAUAUUCUCUCUAUCCCAAUGUUCUCCAUCCCUCAGAUACUCAAAAUUUUAAAUUUUAAAGAUUUAAUCAAAAUAUAAUCUGUCGACCACAAUAAAUCUGUAACUUUAUAAAUUUUUUUAUCUUUGCCAUUUACUCCUCCAGCAUGAGCCUGUCUUCUGCAUAUGAUUAUGAAUUGGCUGUUGGUUGGCCUUGUUUCCCUUGUUUCAUUGCACUGCUUCACUGCAAAUGUAGAGACAAAUGCGUUAAUUAGAACGUUUGUGAGUUUGAGUCACUUCUGAGACAUGAACUUGACUGAAUUCGGUUUCACUUAGAAAUGCAUUGCACAGUGAACAGAGAAAAUAUUCUCAUGCCCCAUACAUGUGAACAGCCAUACUGUCCUUAGCUACAGCAGACUAGAUUAACCUACAUAUAGCAAGUGUAUUAAAAUGCAUGUACAUGUUAUAAAAUAGUUCCAGUUUGCAAUGUUUAAUUCUGACAUUCCAUUUUAUACAUACAUAGCAAUCUAUAUAUUUCUCAAAUGUAAACUAGAAGAAGUAACUUUGAUUUUCAGUUUUCCAACUUGAGAAAAAAAAAUCAUCUUUAAUGUUUUUGUUACCUGAAGUUUAUUUUUGAAUAAAUUGAAAGGGCCAAGAUACUUCAGUGAUUAAAGGGCUAUUAUAAAUGUUCACGUAUGUAGGAGGUGUGUAUUUUAAAAGUGGUGACGGGGAAUAACUUUUCUUCAGUGCAUUUUUUCUGUUGAUUUAGAAGAUAUGUCUAAUAUAGUAGGUUGACUAAGGUCAGAACUUACCUUCUGAUUGGAAAAACAAUACACCUUUUGUUACUUGCAUCAUUGCAUUUCCCCUUAGUUCCUCUAAUUUCCAAGUUACUUGAGUUAAAAGUAAUACUACAUUUACUAAGAAACUGUUUUUGUUCCUGAAUUACUUAGCAAAGUACUCCAAAUGAAAAGUGAUUUUGAACUAUGUACAGUACCCAGAAAGAGGUAGAACUGAGUCAGUAAGACCGUAAGUACCACUUUGAGUGCUCUAGAGAUAAGCCUUGUAUACACUACAGUAAAACAGUGAGUAUAAUAUCUGAACUAUAAAUAUAUAUUUUUAGUUUCAAUAGCUGUUUUGAAAUACUUUUUAAUGCAGAUAAAAUUAUCAGGAAAUUAAUCUUAUAUGGCACAAACCAAAUACAUACUAGUGCGUGGGUGAGUUUCUACAUCCAAGGAGCUAAGCAAAUAGGUUCAAGAUGAUAUAUAGUACAUGUGCAUAUGAGGCAGCUGCACACACAUGCUGAUUACUUUGAAGAGAGUGUGUGUAGAUUUAUUACGAUGAUAGACAAUAAGAUGAGAUAAAAUAUGUUACAUUUUUGGACCAUAUUAAACUGUAAGAAGACAGGGGUCUUACAAGAUCUUUUAGAAAACAUAAAUCCUGUCAUGGGAUACUUAGACGUGUGGAACACAGCUCAGUUUUUAAAAAGUAACUGACCUAGAGGGUUGAAGGUGAAACUGACACAUUUUCAAAUGAAAAUUAUGUUUAUUUUGUACAGAAAAUGUUAAACACAAGCAAAUCUGUUGUAUGUAAUAAGUAACAGAGUUUUAAAAAGAAUAAUUAUUUAGCUUUCUUGAUGUUUUUGUUUUAUUCCUUCUGGACUUGGAUUAUCAUAUUGUAACAGCAGUCUCACACCACGGUAGCAGUGCCCUUUCUUGUACAUAUUGACUUUUCUUUACUGUUAACGUGGACACUUUCUAUGUUAGUUUUGAUGCAUAAUUCUUUGAAUCCUUUUAUACAAACUAGAAUGUAUGUGUAAGAAUUCCUGUCCUUGCAAUGUAGUAACUAUAAACUUAUUUUUAAAUAAAUAGAAAACUUGUUUUUCUAAGCUA